AUGAAUUAUUAAAAAUUUCGUUAAAAUGUAGAUUUCUACUUAAAGUCUUAAAAGGAAAAGUUAUAAAGUCCAAAAGAAAAAUCAUUUGCUUCUCCAAUUAGAAUAAAAACUCAAUAAAGCAAUUAAGAAUCAGAAAACAAAAAGAAACCAAUGGCAAUAUAAAAUAUGAUGGAAAGAAUAAAUAAAGUUAUUUUAGAUUAAAGAGUCAAAUCUCCAAUAACAACUUAAAGGAAUGUUGGGUAAAAAAAUAAAGAGAAUCAUUUUGAAUGUUUUUUGAAGAGAUAGGGUUUUUUAACCAAUUAUUAUAAACAUAAAUGA